CCGGCGGAGCUGUGAGAGCUGCAGUGCGCGAGGUUCACACCGACGAUAUGUUGUCUCGUUCCCGCUGUCUCACCCGGAGCCUCGGGCGCUCCAUUAACGCCAUUCGACAGGGUAAUAGUGUUCUCGCUAGACGGGCCACAUCAGGUAUAUCAGCUAGUCAGUGUGUCACCUUUAGGAACAGUCUGACAUGUGAGACCAGGUCAAGUGUCUAUCAGAUUAGAUACUUCAACACAACUCCAGCUAACAGGAAUGAAGUAAUAACGGUAAAAACUCCAGCGUUUGCCGAGUCUGUCACAGAGGGAGAUGUGAGGUGGGAGAAGGCUGUUGGAGACACAGUCUCUGAGGAUGAGGUCGUCUGUGAAAUUGAAACUGAUAAGACAUCGGUUCAGGUUCCCUCUCCUGCCGCAGGAGUCAUCGAGGAGUUACUGGUUCCUGAUGGGGGUAAAGUGGAAGGAGGGACUCCUCUAUUCAGACUGAAGAAAGGAGCUGGAGCUGGUACGACUGCAGCUGCGCCUCCUCCUGCAGCAGAGCCUCCUGCGGCCACCACUGCUCCUCCUCCUCCUCCUCCUCCUUCUGCUGCGGGGCCAAUCCCCACCACAAUGCCCCCUGUGCCUCCUCUGCCUGGUCAACCCAUCCAGUCUAAACCAGUUUCAGCCAUUAAACCCAGCGCUGCUCCUCCUUCAUCUGCUGUUGAUACUGAAGCUAAAGCUGCUCGAUCAGAACACAGGGUGAAGAUGAACCGCAUGAGACUGAGGAUCGCUCAGAGGCUUAAAGAAGCACAAAACACGUGUGCCAUGUUAACCACCUUUAAUGAAGUGGACAUGAGCAACAUCACAGAGAUGAGGAAACAGUAUAAAGAUGCUUUCCUGAAGAAACAUGGUGUCAAACUGGGCUUCAUGUCAGCAUUUGUGAAAGCGGCGGCGUACGCUCUUUCAGAUCAACCUGCUGUUAAUGCAGUGAUUGAUGACACAACCAAAGAGAUUGUGUAUCGGGAUUAUGUGGACAUCAGUGUGGCUGUUGCUACACCAAAGGGUCUGGUGGUUCCUGUCAUCCGAGGCGUGGAGGGAAUGAACUUUACAGACAUUGAGAAAACUAUUAAUGAGUUGGGAGAGAAGGCUCGUAAGAAUGAGCUGGCGGUGGAGGACAUGGACGGAGGCACGUUCACCAUCAGCAACGGAGGCGUUUUUGGGUCCAUGUUUGGGACACCGAUCAUCAACCCUCCACAGUCUGCUAUCUUGGGCAUGCACGGCAUCUUUGAUCGGCCCGUAGCUAUUAAUGGGAAGGUUGAGAUCAGACCUAUGAUGUAUGUAGCUCUGACAUACGACCACCGUUUGAUUGACGGCAGAGAGGCGGUCACUUUCCUCAGGAAGAUCAAAUCAGUGGUGGAGGAUCCUCGCGUGCUCUUGUUGGACAUGUGAGCGAGCUCCAAUCGCCAGCCAUCCCUUCUGAACACAGAAACGUGUCGUCAUCAUCAUCACGCAGAAUCUGUGUCACCAUAAAUUAAUGGACACAGACGCGUUACUCUUAGAAUAAUACAUGGAGCGGGUGAUCGGAUUGGGAUUUACAUUGAUUAGCUUCAUGUUAUGUUGUUUUACUCUAUUAUCUGCUGGUUAUUAAGAGUUUCUUGCCCUGCAGGAAGAUGUUUCCCGCUCUCCUUUCUCCUUAAUUGUAUGUACAAUUGGGCGCAUAAAAAGCAAUCUGUGCAAUUAUUUGUUCUUGAAAUGGAAAAAAAUGAUUAUAGUUAUAUACAGUAUGUCAUAUUUAAUCUUUUCCGUGUAAAAAUAACCUCUAUCAAAAGAACAACAAUCCAGAAACACUAUGUCUCGGCGUGUUCAAGAAACCUCUUUUUGUACGCACAAUAGUUCCCACACGACUCCAAAGGAACAGAAUCUGUCAACCAAAACUAUAUGAGGAAGAAAAAAGAUUUUAAACAAUAAAAGAAAUGAAACACAAA